AAUUUUUAAAAAUAAAUGUUAAAAAUAUUAUUUUCAUAUUUUAGUUAUAUAGACACUGUUCGUGAUGUACUGGUUGGACACACUAAUAGAAUAAUAGAACAGCUUAUACAAAGAUCCGGACGAGAGAUGGAUCAGUUUUGUUUUGGUUCAGCUUAUCUACAACUGAAUCCAAACUACAGGAGAUUAGAGCGAAUGGAACCUUUGACCUGGAGAAAAGAAGGGAUAAGCAACCACUGGGCUGGACCUAGAGGACUCAGGAAAUCAUGCUGCAAGAUUUGUUGUGCAGAUAAACUGUGUGGAGGGUGCAAGGACUGUCUCUGCAAGCAUGGACCUGUCAGGGGCGGAUACGAUGGUUUAGUAGUACUUGCUGCUAUUACAAGGGAUUCUGUUGCAAAAUCCAUCUCCGGGAAUACCAUUCUGGAUCCGGAGGAUUUUAGUCUUGCUCUAGAGUUCAGUCUAACCUUGCACUAUCUCCAGACUGAUUCAAGAAUAGUGUAUUCAUCAAGAGAAAAAUUUACAAAUGAACACAACCCUAAGCUUGGAAAGGUGAAAAAGCAUCCUGCCUACUGUAUAUAUCUAGCUUAUAGGCUAGAUACUUCACUAUCUACUCCUACUAUAUCAGAUCUUGAAUCAAUCACCGUUGGGAAAGGGGUAGAAGGAGUAGCAGGAGGAGUGCUUGAGGAUUUAGAGGAGAAUGAAGAUACUUUAGAAGUUCUAGAGGAGCUAGAGAACAAGAAUCUUGUUAACAGAUUAACUCACAUGGAGCAGGAGAAUAAAGAACUAAGGGAAAAGGUUUCUAAACUGGAGAGAGGGAGAGGAUGGCUUGAGGAGAGAUUAGUAGCUCUUGAAUCUAAGAUGUCUAAAAUGAGUCCUGAAGAGAAGUCGGGGAUUACUACUACUGAAAUUACUCAGAAAUAAAUAGAUUGUCUUUUGAAUUUAUAUUGUUUACAUUUUUGUGAUUCUUCUUUAUCUUUGUGUAUUGUAUUUGAAAUUAUAUUAAUAAUGUAAUUGUUAAUUAUAUAUCUCAUUAAUCCUU